GUGAGGGGCGGCAGCAGCAGCCUGGGGGGCUAGAUGUGGGGCAGCCCCAGGAAGUGGGCUGGAGGAAGGUGGGAGGGGCCAGCAUGCCUGAAGGGACCCAGGUGUCCUGCGCCCCCAAGUGGGGGGCGCCUGGGAAAGAGGGGGAGCUUGCAACCCAGGGGUCUCGGAAGGUGAAGCUUAGGGACGUAGGGACCCAGGUGUCCUGGGGUCCAAGGUGGGGGCUCCUUGGUAAUGGGGGGACCCCCCAGACGGCCGAGACCCCAGCCAUGGGGGAGGCCCAAGAGGGGCAGGAUCACGUGAGGACAACUGUGGGGCAGAGCCACGCUGCAGAAGUAAGGAGAGGAAAACAGGGUCCUAGUGGGUGUGGGGUCCCCCCAGGCAGUGGAGGCUUGGAGGGUCUGGACCACCCAGAGCCUGGCCCUGGUGGUUUGGGGAGCCGUCAGGCGUCAGGGCAAGAGAAAAGAGCCUCUUGGUGUGGGGGGGCUUGUGAGUCUUGCUUGGCUGUGGUAGCGAAAGGGAGCGCCCCUAAGGAGGUAGGGACCCAGCUCUCUUGCAGGGAGGCUUGGGAGUUGGGGGCAGGGGUCCCUGCGGUGGUCAGAGGAAGAGGCGAUGAGGAAUUUGAGGUCCCAGCACGGGGAGUCAGCCGCAGCUGCUCUGGGGGCAUCCUGGAGCAUGUGGGCCCCAAGCGGGACCCUGUGAGAGGGGCUGCUGUUUGGGUCCAGAAAGAGUGGUAUCGGGACCCUGUGGAGGCUUCUGGGCAGGUCUGGGUGCCCCGCAAGCCAGCCAGGGCCUCCAAUAGGACGGGGCUACCUUGGUUGCAAGGGGGAGCCUGCCCCCCAAGUAAACAGGGAGAGUGGAAACCCAAAUCUGGGGGGGUUGGUUGUUCUCCAGAACGUAACCAGGUCUGGAUCCCCCGAGAGAAGCCAGCCCCUGUUGGUGGGGGGCCUGGGGACGUCUGGGUGCACAAGGUGAGGGAUCCCUCUGGGGCUGGGAUAAUGUGGGUCUGGGCCAAGGUGACAAAUUGUAACGAAGAGGAUGAAGUGGAAGAGACCAGGGUUUGGACCUUCCGUAAGAAGGGUCCUAGGAAAGGUGGGCAAGGUGAGGGAGGCUAUGGGGUAUUUUAG